AUGCAUAUAAUCCAUCAUCAAUUGUUCAGUCCCCAUUAAUAUCACACACACACACACACACACACACACACACACACAAGACAGAGACAAGACAAGAGUGCCCAAAAUCAAACAUCGAAUAUUAAAACUUCAUACCCCAAAUUUUCAGUCAGACUCGUAUUGACCAUUCCUCUCACGGCGUUUUUGGGUGAUUGAUUUUGGAGAUGAGCAAAGAACACCCACCGGAGACUCUUGAUUUCUUCAUUUGGACUGUUGAGGAUGUUGGUUUGUGGUUGGAAGAGAUAAAUCUCGGUAGUUACCGCCAGAUUUUUAAAGAAAAUGGUGUCAACGGAGAAUACCUGGAAAGUAUGUCCAUGUUUACCACUGAGCAGAUCCUUCGGUUUAUAAGACGAUGCCACAUGAAAUGGGGUGACUUCAUCACCCUGUGCAAGGAGCUCAGGCGGAUUAAAGUGGCUUGCUUGAAAGGGGAUCAAAAGGUCCGCCGGCCAUGGUGGGCUCCUUCUUGCCUCUCGAUACUCUUUAUCAAGGUGGUGAGACAGAACAGACAGUCACGAGUUGUUUCCUUGAAGCUGGAACAGUGAUGCAAGAUAUGCUUUAUGUGAGGGUACUUGUUCAUGAUUAUGUAUUUAGUGGUGUCAAUUGUGCUCGAAGGCCACACUCCAAUUCCUGCUUUUGUGUUUGGUGCUUCAUGCCUAGCUGAAUGUUAGCUCAUGUGUCUUGUUCUGCUAUAGCUGUUGAGGGAGAUAGUUGUAUCGAAUUGCAAUUACUCUCACAGAAGAUUUUCAUGAUCGGCUUUUCUUCUCUUUCACUUUUUUUUUCUUUAAUAAGAGUAUAAAGAGAGAGAAAAUUCAAUGUAAGCAAGUCAAAAUACAACUAGUGACUUGUUCUAAUUUGGCCUUCCCCCCC